CAAUUUUCCGUCUACAAAUGUUCUUGUAAUUAUGUUCCGGCGCCCCGCCAAAUCCGCUCAAGAAAGAAUCGUCCCUCGGAUGCCUAGUACAUAUUGUAUUGAAACGCUUUGCACAGAAAGAGGGCGCCUGGGAGGCACCAAUAAAUACAGGAGCAGACUACAAAACAACAAAUUCUCAAAACACCCGCUAGUGUUCCCACUGGUCUGUGACUCCACUUCUCUAUCCGGCUGCGAUCGUUAGUUUUCGUCACGAAGCGGAGGAGGGAGUGUAACCUAGUCAUACGGGCAAGUAGGUGUAGAAAAUAUAAUAAUCAACGAUAUUUACGAUAAGCGACAGCCAACACCGUGAGAAAGUGAAAGUGGCACCAGUUGGCAGUCCCAAAGACCGUCGUUUGAUCCGCUUUUCAUAGCUGUCAACUGUUAUUGAGUGAGGUCUCCUCCUAGUUGGUGACGGAUACAGUAGGCGACACGGGGAGACCAGUUUGUAUUGCGCUCGCCAGAUUUCAUAAGAUUAGAUUUCGAAAUAUUUGACGAGUGGUGUGGAGGCCAAGAUGUCAUCGAAGAUGCCAAGCUCUAACAACGUAACUCAGGCCAGAAGGACAGUACAACAGCUAAAGAUAGAGGCCAGUAUUGAGAGGAUAAAGGUAUCCAAGGCCUCAGCGGACCUCAUGCACUACUGUGGCGAACAUGCCAAGUACGACCCUCUGCUCAUGGGCAUCCCUGCCUCAGAGAACCCCUUCAAGGACAAAAAGCCUUGUGCUAUAUUGUAAUGGCCCCUUUAUGUAUCUGUUGGCUUUUUAAUGUUCCUGUAUGUCUUUUUUUUCUACUCAUCCACCCAUCAUGCCUUAAAGCCUAUAACCUUACCCUUUAAUGAAAAUGUUGUAUUUUAUCACUCACGUUGAACAUACUUACAGACAUAACAUACAGUGCAUUGAUACAGUACAUCGUUCAGAUAUACCUUGGGACACUGACUGUUAAUGUGUGUCUGAUUUAGCUCAGUGGAUUUAGCCGUUGUUUCCGACCAUCCCUUUAACAAGUCUGUUUUAAUCGUAUCUUCUGUCAUUUGUAUUAUAAUGACCUAAUUUAAUAUAUAUCAGGCUUUGGAGUCAUGGUUGGGACAUGUGGCUGUAUUGUUUUCUUCCCAUUGACUCAUCAUUGGCUCGUGCCGCGUUCACGUGCUAGUCGGAACUAGGAAACUCAGACAUGUUUGACUUGCUAACUGGUUAAACAGGGCAUGUGUAUAACUACAACCAGUUAGCAAGUCAAACAUGUCAGAAUAACCUAGUUCUGACUAGCAUGUGAACGCAGCUUCCUGCUGUUUAUUAAUAACUUCCUGGUUCAGCAGGAUGGCAUCUGGACUGUCAGUGAGCAAUGCAGGAAGUAGACCCAGGGACAAAUAUUUUCUAAAAUAGACAUCAUCAGAGCCCUCAACCUUCUAUUAAUGUAAAGAGCAUAAGUUUUUGAUUAGUGGUGAGGAUAUUUUACCUCAAUGCCAAUUGUCGGAUGGGAAACUGCAGUGUACAGCUAAGACAGGUCAUUCACAACCUCAGUAUACAGCACUCCACCCAGCCAUUUAAACCAGGUGUUACAUAACAGAACACUGUGAGCCAAGUCGCCUUAACAUAUUUACGAUAGUGAUCAUGUAAUCAAUGUAUAGGUUGGUAUUUUAAAGAGGGGGUUCAGUUACAAGUAUUCUGUUGGGAGAGACCAUAGGAGGUGCACCAGCUUGGCACAUGGGUUGUUAUUAAUGGUGUAAUAAAUUAUUAACUAUGUGCACUAUACCAUGUAUUUGAGCAGACUGGUCUCAUAGACUAGAAGUAACAUAGUAAACGUACAUCCGGGACACUCAAAUUACACUGAACAAAAAUAUAAAUGCAACAUGUGAAGUGCUGGUCCCAUGUUUCAUGAGCCGGGGAAAAAUCCCUGAAAUAUUUCCCUACGCCCAAAAAAUUAAUUUCUCUUAAAUUAUGUGCAAAAAAUUGUUUACACCCUUGUUAGUGAGCAUGUAUCCUUUGUCAAGAUAAUCAAUCCACUUGACAGGUGUGGCAUAUCAAGAAGCUCAUUAAACUGCAUGCUCAUUACACAGUUGCACCUUGUGCUGGGGACAAUCGAAGGUCACUCUAAAAUGUGCAGUUUGGUCACACAACGCAAUGGCAAAAUUCUCACGUUUUGAGGGAGCGUGCAAUUGACAUGCUGACUGCAGGAAUGUCCACCAGGGCUGUUUCCUACCAUAAGCCACCUCCCACAUAAUUUUGGAGAAUUUGGCAGUACGUCCAACCGGUCUCACAACCGGAGACCACUUGUAACCACAUCAGCCCAGAACCUCCACAUCUGGUUUCUUCAUCUGUGGGAUCGUCAGAGGAGAAAGGGGGGAGUAUUUCUGUCUGUGGGAAAAAACUAAUUCUGAUUGGCUGGGCCUGGUUCCCCAGUGGGUCGGCCUGACUUUGAAGUGGGUGGGCCUAUGCCCGCCCAGGCCCACCCAUGGCCUCGCGCUUGCCCAAUCAUAUGAAAUCCAUAGAUUAUGGCUUAAUGAAUUUAUUCAUAUUGACUGAUUUCUUUAUAUGAACUGUAACUCAACAAAAUCUUAGAAACUGUUGCAUGUUGCAUUUAUAUUUUUGUUCAUUAUAGUAUAUGAUAUGUUACCUUUGGUAUGGUUACAUAAGAUAGAAAGUUAGUUAAGGCAAAAACAAAAGGAGGUUGUUUGGUUGGGAUGGGCGUAUAAUGUGAAUGUCUAGCAACACAAAGGUUGCAUGCUUGAACCUCAUCACGGACAAAUUUAGCAUUUUAGCAACUACUUACAACUUUUUUGCUAUUUUACAACUACUUAGCAUGUUAGCUAACCCAUUCCCUAACCCUAACCCUUUUAGCUAACCCUUCCCCUAACCCUAACCUGAACCCUUUUAGCUAACCCAUUCCCUAACCCUUUUAGCUAACCCUUCCCCUAACCCUAACCUGAACCCUUUUAGCCCAACUCCUAACCUUAACCCCUAAACCCUAGAGCUAACGUUAGCCAGCUAGCUAAUGUUAGCCACCUAACCGACGUUAGCCACAACAAAUUGGAAUUCGUAACAUAUCAUACAAAACUGAUGAUGGACAUCCACAAAUGAACACAUAUCAUAUGAAACGUAACAUAUCAUACUAAAUGGAGUGUCUCAAUUUACAAACAGAAUAAUAUGAAAUGCUCUGAGAGCACAUUGAUUUGAGGCUGACCCCAAUGUCCUGUGAUAGUACUAAGUAUCCUAUUUGGAGGGGGCAGGACCAAGUUUGGGAAACCCUGUCCUAUUGAACAGUAAAAAAUAGAAUGUCCUGUAUGCCCUGUCGGUUAGCUGUUGGGAACAUGUCUCGAUAAAACGAACCAGCUGUAUCGAUGUGGUUAGCACAGAUAGACUGGAAAGUAUAAUUAUGUUUGCAUACACAAAGCCUUACAAGUGUUUGCAUUGUGGUGUGAAGAUUUGUUUUAUUUAUUCGUUAAAUUAAAUGGAUCUUUCUGUGCAGAUUUCCUGUGAUUUCUAACUGAAUUGUGCCAUCGUCUUGUCACUAGCAGAAGAGAAAAGAAAAUGUCUGAUUGUAUACACCUGGUGCUACUGUUUGUAAUGUUUGUGUUUGCCUCCCUCCAAAAGGUACUUCAUUCAUCAUAAAGGUCUUGAAAUCAGAGACAGGGAGACCCAGUAAUCCAUUAUGAAUUCUUGAGCGAUGACAAUUGUAUCUCGAUGACUUUUCUCUCUGACAGUGAAUCUCUCUAAUAUGCUAAAUCAGGCUACUGUUACUUUGUGUGACAUCACCAGACAAUUCUGAUUCAACCAGCAUACCAGCAAUGGCCUUUAUAUACCUUUGUGAGAGUCUUACGUGACCUUUCCCUGACCCUCUGUGAAGACAGUGUGAACCUGGUGGAUUAAAGACAUCUGUAUGUGGUUUUGUUCAUUAUAACAAGUGAUGGAGCCUUUGUUUCUCUCUCUGCUGCAGUACAGUCUUUCCUGAUGUUAUUAAACAUAGAUUUAGAAUUGCA